AUACUUGCUCCGCUUUAAAUACAGAAAGUGCAGCCGAACAGCUGACAUUUCGGAGGCGGCGUGCUUCUCGAAUGCACGGACUAUUUUGCAUUUUGUCAGUAGUGAUGAGACAGGUUACGUCGCAUCGCGCGAUGCAACACACAUCGGAGUCCAGCGGGACAGCAUGGAAUCCGUUCGAUAUAUUUCAAUGUGGCACGUGCUGUGAAUACGCGGUGAUCGUGCUAAAUCGUCCCAUAUUUUGGAAACAUGACAUUAUGCUCCGAUUCUGGCAGAAAGCUCAAAUCACAGUCACCGUUGAUGGUGGAACGCACAGAUGGCUGAAGUAUUUGGAGGAGUACGGGAUAGACGUGUUGAGCGAUGAGCACAGGAAGUAUAUACCUAAUCUUAUAACAGGAGAUAUGGAUAGCUGUUCACCAGCUAUAAUUGAAAAAUUGGGACAUAUAGGAUCCACUGUUGUUGAGACACCUAAUCAGAAUCAUACAGAUUAUACCAAAGCCUUGUUGCAAGUUGCGCACUAUGCCAAGACGAGAAAUAUAAAUUUAGGUGAAAUAUACGUGCUUGCAGAAACAUCGGGCAGAUUCGAUCAUAUCAUUGGCAAUAUUAAUACAUUGUAUAAAAGUGACAAGCUUGUGGGAAAUAUACAGGUAAUACAAAUUGCGAGCAAUUCUUUAACAUGGUUGUUAAAACCUGGUUUGCACAAUAUAUGUAUACCAGAGAUUUUAGUACAACGACGAUCCUGGUGCGGUUUACUACCAUUUGGAUGUCCGGUUAAUUGUAUAUCAACAACUGGCUUGAAGUGGAAUUUAAAUAAUACGACUAUGGAAUUUGGAGGUUUAGUUAGUACCUCGAAUACAUAUGAAACUUCUGAAGUGACUAUAAAUACAAAUACAUCGGUGAUCUGGACUAUGGGUAUAGAACCUCUUAUAGAGGCUAUAAGUAAUGAAGCAUCAUUACUUCAUCAAUAGAUGACAAAUUACUACAUACUUUCAAUUAUUAUGCAUACAACAGAUUGCAUCAGCUCAAUA